AUGGCCGAAAUGCAAAAAUUACUCGUUGUACUAAUAAUAUUUGGGAAUUUCUGUGAAAUUCUUGCUGCUGGAGAGGAUGAUCGGGUUCAAUUACCCGGUGUGACCUUCGACAUCAAUUAUGGGCUCUAUUCGGGAUAUUUGAAUGCCGGGAAUAAUGGGAAUUGGAAAAUGCAUUACUGGCUUAUCGAGUCGAAAUCGGAUCCAACAAAAGACCCAGUGCUUGUUUGGUUUCAAGGAGGCCCGGGUUGCUCGUCUUUUGGCGGCGCUUUUGAGGAGAUGGGCCCAUUCUACAUCAAUUUCGACGUUCAAACCCUUUUCGAGAAUAAAUACUCGUGGAAUUCGAAAGCUAAUAUUCUCUUCUUGGAGUCACCAAUCGGGGUCGGUUUCUCGUAUGACACGACGAAUGUCGACUACUCGGUGGCAAAUGACACACAAUCGGCCGGGCAAAACUAUCAAGCUUUGAAGGAUUUCUUCACUACGGUUCAACCAAAAUACGCGGAUCGCUCAUUUUUCCUGUCGGGCGAAUCGUACGCGGGAGUUUACAUCCCGAUGCUCAGCGCUCGUCUCACCGAGGGGAUCAUCUCAAACGAUUUUCCGAAUAAAAACUUUCAGGGAGCAGCGAUUGGAAACGGUUUCAUGCACGUGCCGAAGUUGUUCAACUCGCUUGUCCUUUGGAGUGUUUAUCACGGGAAAGUUUCGCUCAAUGAUUGGGAUUACAUGAAACAAACGUGCACAAAGGGAUCCCAGGCUUUAUACGACGUGGACAACUACGAUUUUCAGCAAUAUCUCACAUCGAAAGAUGGAAACGGAAUGGAUUUCGAAAGCGACAAGUCGAAAUGCGGAGAUUUGGUGAUGAAAGCGAUCAGUGUGCCCGAUCCAAACGAUGCCUACAACUACUAUCAAGAUUGCUAUAAUCCCGACUUUUCGAAUUGGACUGAGCCGCCGAUGGACGAGCAAUACCCAGCUCUCAAGCAUCGGAUCCGAAAGCGAAGCAUCGUCAACUCGAAUCCGUCGAUUAACACCGCGACCCUAUUCAACUACGAAUCCUCGGACACUCAACUCGGGUAUCCCUGUUGGAAUUGGAUGGCCGUGCGGAAAUACGCGAAUCGUCCCGAUGUACAAAAGGCUCUGCACAUCGACGAAGCUUGGCAGAGGGCGGGCAUCAAUGAAAGCUCUAGGAAUUGGCACAUGUGCAAUGGUCCUCUUUAUGAACAAUACAAAAUCACUUUUCCGGAUCAGCAACAAUUUUUCGAUACAGUUUUACAAAAAACACAGAAUCCAAAUUUCCGUUUCUUGAUCUACAAUGGCGAUGUGGAUACGGUUUGCAAUUAUCUUGGUGAUGCGUGGUUUGCACGAAAAGUGGCCAAAGAUAAUGGAUUUGAUACAACUGCCGACAUCGUUCCAUGGGCCUAUCAAACCCAGUUGGCCGGUUUCCUUCAACGAUAUCAAAGAGACAAAGACAAUGUGAUGAUCGAUGUGCUCACCGUGAAGGGCGCUGGACACAUGGUGCCAAAUGAUCGACCAGCUCAAUCAUUACAGAUGAUCAACAACUUCAUGGCAUCCACUGGACCCAAUUACAAUUCAACCGAUAACGCCGAUCCGACCCCCAACUUGGCCAAUUUCAAUCCAAAUCUUCAAAAAACCUCAUCGGCGCCGCCCAUCCGAAUUUCACUUUUGUUUUUGCUUCCAAUUUUGCAAUUAUUUAUCUGC